UCCACAUAUUUUUAGUUUUUCAAGUAUUUACUGCAGUUAACAUCGGAUCCAUCUUGACUAAACAAACCUUUAGUUCAGUGCAAGUCAAACCAAACUAUAGACAGGGGAGAUUUUUUGAUUUUGGACUGUUUACAAUGGUUCGUUUUGACAAUGGUCCUUGUAACGCUACUGAAACUGAGACUGGUAUCUGCUACACACAUGAACAGUGUGAUGAAAAAGGAGGUAUCCAGACUCAAUCUUGUGCUGCGGGGUUUGGAGUUUGCUGUCUUUUUCGAGGCAGUUGUUAUGAUCGAGUGGCAGAGGCCAAAACUUACUUCUCUAAUCCAAGCUGGCCCCUGGCGGAUACAUCCAACUCAUUCUGUACAUACAGUCUCGUUGUAUCCGACCCAGAUGUUUGUCAAAUCAGACUUGAUUUUGAACUUUUCGAGAUGGCACCUCCUUCCCUGACACAUUCACCAAUAGGAGAAUGUGAUGGCGACCGACUAGCUAUAUUUACUUCCCAGCAGAACUUAGGACUUUAUCAGGGAAAUACAGUUUGUGGAAACUUGACAGGUCAGCAUAUGUAUAUACCGGUCAAUGCUACAGCAGCUGAGGAUCCGGUCAGACUCUUCGCUUUUGUCGGUCAAUCCGGGUCAUCCUUCAGGUGGAAUAUAAAAUCAAGUUUGAUCGACUGCUCUAAAAACAACGAUCUUCAAGCUCCUGACGGUUGUCUGCAAUACUUUACGGAAUCUACUGGAAGUAUAGAAAGCUUGAACUAUGGAUCUGGAGCUGGAAGCCCUUAUCUGGCUGGAACUCAAUAUUUUGCUUGUAUUAAACGACAAACUGGAUUUUGUGGAGUCAAGAUUAUCUCAAGUUUAGGAGAGUUUAUUAUGAAUAGUGACCUUGGUACCAACAUUGUUCCACCAGGGGAGGGAUAUAAUUGUGCAUCAGGGGACACUGUUACUGGUAAUAAUGAUUAUAUAUCUGCACUUGGAUCCUGGUCCAUGAAUAACACGAUUAGAGUUCCUGAUACUUUCUACUGCGGGGGAACAGCAACAACAACUUUUCCUGAAAUAAAUAUUGGUGGAGGGCCCUUAAUGUUGUUUAUUCAUACAGAUGAUGGAGUCAGGUAUGCAACUGGUGAACUUUUUGAAGCUGCAACAAGUUUAAACGAUACUCUGCUUCAAGAGAACAUAAUAAAUGAAAGGGAACGUGGAUUCAGAUUAACCUACACCCUGCAGCCCUGUGGCUACACAUCAUAUCCUUGAAAAGAUAUUAAUGUCCGAUUCACAUCAUUGCUCCUUCUCAUCUUAACACAUAGAUAAAUGUAACAAAUUGAAUGAUAUUAUCAAAAUUCAGAGCUUUUUAAGAGAGAAAGACGACAAACAUUUCCUUAUUGUUAAUCAGAGGUUUCAAGAGUACCACUGUAAAUCGGACAUACAUGAAGGGACACUUCAAAUUACGUCUACAGUUCCUUUAACACAUCCUGUAGAUAUUGAGAUACCCUUGAUAAAAUUAUUAUUUUUUAAAUAGUCAAUUCAGAUGUAUAACUUUGCCAUUUCAUAUCCUUAAUCUUUGUAUAUAUUUGUAAAU